AUGAUUGCUUUUACUAAAGAAGGCAAAAUCUCAUUUUGGAGCCUCAUUGCAUACAAUCAGCUGUUUCAUUAUGACAUUAAACAGGAGAUAAUAUAUUUUCAACUAACAGCUGAUGAAAAAUACUUAGCCUAUACUAUAAAUAAAAAGGAAGAAAAAGAUGAAAAAAUGAAGAAUAAUACUGAUAAUUUGUUUAUUAAGAAAAAUUCAUUUGCAACUGACACUGGAGUUGCUGCCGGGCCUGGCAGUGAGUUUUCUUAUAUGAAAUAUGUGAUGGACCUCAUAAAUAAUAAGGGAAAAUAG